UCGCAUCAAGCCUCAGUUCGCCAGUCCUAGGCUCACUAGCAGUACACUCUACGUCACCAUGAAGGCUUGUAUAAUUCUCUUCGUCUUGGGCAUUGCGGCCACGUAUGUAGCGCCAAGUGCAGCAGACAUUGCAGAACUUGAAAACAGGAUCCAGGGGUUACAGAAACGUUUAGAUGACCUUGUUGCCGGAAUAAUCCCAGGGGACGAUGAUGAAGCCAUAGAUACGGCUCACCGAAUGAAGAGGAGCGGGGCUUACUACUAUGCCGCAGCUAGGGGUCCCCCCGGCCCAGUCGGUAUGCCGGGUAAAAAGGGCAAAACUGGUGCUGACGGUCCCCCUGGACCUCAAGGAGAAUCGGGUGAAAACGGAGAAAAGGGAGAUGCUGGUGAGCAAGGACUUGUUGGAGCCCCAGGCCGCCCAGGCCCACACGGCCCACAAGGCUUCACAGGAGACCAGGGAGAACCAGGACCUCAUGGACCACCCGGCCCACAAGGUGAUGUGGGACACACCGGAGCACAGGGAGAGACAGGUUUCCCAGGCAUGCCAGGAGCAGUUGGACCAGCUGGUCCCCAAGGAGGCAAGGGAGAGGAUGGACCCGCUGGACCACCAGGGCUACCAGGACAGAUGGGAGAGAAGGGAGAUCAGGGAGCACCAGGACCACAGGGAGAAACCGGCGCUAUGGGCCCUGCAGGACCAGAAGGCCCCUCCGGGCCACAGGGUGAGGCAGGCCCUCAUGGCCCCCCAGGACCACAAGGAUCUCAAGGAUACCCAGGACACACAGGCCAUAAGGGAGCCAGAGGUGCCCCGGGACCCAGAGGAUACACAGGCCAGCCUGCUCAAUACUACGUUGCUGCAUACAGGGCACCUGCUCCAUCUAAAGCUUACAGGGCACCUGCUCCAUCUAAAGCUUACAGGGCACCUGCUCCAUCUAAAGCUUACAGGGCACCUGCUCCAGUUAAAUACCAACCAGCCCCAUCUAAAGCUUAUCGACAGCAAGCCCCUGCCCCGCAAAAGGGAGGAAACCAGGCAGCCCCGUACAAGGAGGAUGGCAAAACGAGGAAGAAGAGGCACAUAUAUCUUGCAGGACCCCCAGGCCAACCAGGAAGCGUAGGAGCCCCUGGACAUCCUGGACAUACUGGCGCUGCCGGACCUCAGGGGCCUACCGGAUACCCAGGCUACAAGGGCGAAAACGGUGACCAAGGAGAGGUGGGCGAGGAAGGAGCACCAGGAGAGCAUGGCCCUCAGGGUCCAAAGGGUGAUACAGGAGCACCAGGAGAAAUUGGUCAAAUGGGAGCGCAAGGAGAGAAGGGGGCGACAGGAGAGACAGGUGAACAAGGGCAGCCUGGUGAAGUGGGCCAGUCAGGACCAGCCGGACCCCAGGGACCCAUGGGCGAGCCAGGACACUAUGGACCACAAGGAUACCCCGGAAUGCAGGGAGAAAGAGGACACACUGGAGUUCAAGGAUACCCAGGUAUGACCGGUGAGGAAGGAUCAAGGGGACCACCAGGAAACGUGGGUGAACCAGGACCUCCAGGAGUGCCGGGACCACAUGGCCCACAGGGACCCACGGGGGAACCCGGCCUACCCGGACGACAAGGAGUCCAGGGAUACGCUGGACCACGUGGAGCAAAUGGAGCACCAGGACAAGCAUACGCAGUCAGAUAUAGGAGUGCACAAAGGGCACCUGCUCCAUAUACAAAGGGAGGUUAAUGUCUAUAAUUAGGAGUAAUCCUAAACAUGAAGGGUAAUCAUGUGGUUAAAGAAUAAAAAUGAGUUUUAAAAAUUUUCUAAAUUCCAUAAUUCAUGUCUGAUAGAAUGGUACAUUACUUACGGCGAUUAGAGGUAGGUAAUGUCCGUCCCGUCAGUCUCAGGGGAUGGAAUAAUGAACAAUAUUCCAAUUGUCCGUGAUAUUCCAUCGGAUUUAUGAUAAGUCUGAUGUAUAUGUUUGCAUCAUUCACAUCUCAAACAAAAGCAGCAGUGUCUCUUCAUCUUCUCAUUUCCAUGCAAAAACGAUUGUAGUAACUUAGCAGGCAAGAAGGAACAACAGUGUGAUUUAACACAAAUAAAAAUGCCUCAAUAUAAA